AUGGUUAACACGCUCCCCUUCCGCGACAUUCAGGUCCCCUCGCCCGGUUUCGGUGCGAUGGGCCUUAGCUUCGGUCUUGGCAGCAACUUGAGCCUUGAUGAGGCCGAGCCGGUCUUGUUAAAGGCAAUUGAACUGGGGUGUACGUUUUGGGAUACUGCUGUCGUCUACCAAGCCGGUGUGAACGAGAAGCUCCUUGGAGACUUUAUCCGGAAACACAACGUUCGUGACAAGAUCUUCAUUGCCUCGAAGUGUGGCUUCGAUGUCUUCUCCGGACAGGGUGCUGUCACCAACUCCGCCUCGCAUAUCAAGGAGUACAUUGAGGGCACCAUUGAGCGAUUGGGUUUCGCUCCUGACCUAUACUACUUGCAUCGCAUUGAUCCUAACACCCCUCUUGAGGAGUCCAUCCCCGCUCUGGAUGAGAUCCGCAAGGCAGGAAAGACCAAGUACAUUGGUCUCUCGGAAUGUUCGGCUGCUACCUUGCGAAAGGCCAACUCUAUUGCCCCGAUCGAUGCCGUUCAAGCCGAGUACUCCGCUUUCGAGACGUUGCAUGAGACUGACGGCUUGAUCGAUACGGCCAAGGAGUUGGGAAUCGCCUAUGUCGCCUACAGUCCCCUCGGUCACGGCUGGUUGGUCGAUGACUUCCAGUACAAAUCUCCUGACGACUUUGCGCCGGAUGACUUCCGUCGAAAGAUUCCUAAAUUCCAAGGCGAGAACUUCUACAAGAACCGCGCCAUCGUGGAUGAAAUCAAGAAGCUUGCCGAUCGGAAGGGCUGCUCGAUCACCCAGAUUGCACUGGCUUGGGUUGCUGCCCAGGGCUUCAUUGCUAUACCGGGUACUACCAAGGCCGCCCGUCUCGAACAGAACUGGGCAUCAAGGAAUGUGGAGUUGACGGAGGAAGAGAAGAAGGAAAUGCGGAGGAUCAUCGACGCCGCCAAGCCUCACGGUAACCGAUAUGCUCCCGCUCAGCAGGCUAUGGUGGGGCAUUAA